GAUCGGGUUGAUAGAGAAGUCAGUCGUGUUACGAGCUCCGACUUUUGAGCAUGACUCGAGGUAUAGGGCGAGGCUUUUUGGUACUCACGGUGCUCUGCGCCGCUUUGGCCGCAGCUGCGGCGAAGGAGGAUCUUAAAAAGAGGGACAAGCAUGUCAUAGACCAGGUCGUGGCCGCUUCGGGGCACAGCCACCACUCUGAGUCCGGUGGAGGACAUAAGCACCACUCCGACCAUCACGAGGAGCAUGGUGAGAAGGGCGACAAGGGCUACAAGAAGCAUCACCAUCACGACAAGGGUGACCACGGCAAACAUGGGAAAGAGCAUCACGAAGGGCACCACGAGGAGCACGGUGGGCAUAAGAAGAAGCACCACGACGAGGCCGGUAAACACGGUGAGCACCACGAGGGUGAGAAGGGCCACAAAGGCGCAAAGUUCGGGGAGAAGAAGGGGCACAAGAAAGGCCAGAAGACCAGCGGGUAUCACCACAAAGCCCACAAAGAUGAGUACCACAAGGAGCACAAGUUCUACGACGACUACCACAAGGGUGGACACCAUGCCAAGCACGGUGACUUCCACGGGCAUCAUGGAAAGAAGGAGGGAGGCCACAAGAAGGGUGGUCACGAUCACUCCGGCUACCACGAUGACCACCAUGGUAAGAAGGGACACCACGAGAAGGGACAUCACGACGAGGACCACAAGGGUCAUCACAGUAAACACGGUCACGAAAGCCACCAUGCUCAUCACGAAGAACACGCGAAGAAGGGUGGUCAUUCCGGCGGAAAGAAGCACGGCUUCUCGAGUGGUGGUGGAGGCGGUGGCGGCGGUGGCGGUGGCGGACACCACUUGGUCCUCGUGAUGGCCGCUGUGGUGGUGGCCUCCCUUGUGGUGGCCGCCCUUCUUGUGCCCAUGCUCGUGAUGAUGUCCGCCAUGCUUCUCGUGGUGACCGGAGUCGUGGUGUUCGUCAUGGAACUCCUUGUCCUUCUUGUACUCGUCGAGUUUCUUGACUUCGUGGUGGCCCUUGGUGCUGUGCCCUUUUCCAUAGUGUCCCUUCUCACCGUAUUUGUGACCCUUCUCACCCUUUUCGCCCUUGUGGUGCUCAGCGUGGUAGCCGUCGUCGUGGUGGUGGUGUUUCUUGUGACCUUCGUGGUCAUGAUAGUGACCAUGGUGUCCCUCCUUGUCGUGGUGGCCCUUCUCUCCCUUCUCGUGGUCAUGGAGGUUACAGCUAUCGGCUCAAUGAUGUCCGUGGGAGUAACCGUGCUUCUUGCCUUCGUGGUGUCCGCCCUUCUUUCCGUAGUCUUCGUGAUGCGAGUGGUGGUGAUCGUGUCCGUGUUUUCCAUGCCAGCCUUUGUGGUCAUGGUCGUAGUGCCCCUUGUCGUGGUGUCCCUUCUUGCCAUGGUGAUCGUCGUGGUAGCCGGAGUGGUGGUGGCCUCCCUUCUUGUGGUGUCCUUCCUUGGAUCCAUGGUGCCCGUGGUGGUGUCCGUGCUUUUCAUGAUGUCCACCCUUGUGGUGGUCAUCGUAGAACUUGUGUUCCUUGUGGUACUCGUCCUUGUGGGCCUUCUUGUGGUAACCAUGGCUCUUCUCGCCCUUUUUGUGUCCCUUCUUCUCUCCGAAUUUGUGCCCUUUGUGGCCGUGUCCGUGCUCAUGGUGAUGGCCGUGGUGGCCAUCUUCGUGGUGGUGCCCCUUCUUAUGGCCGCCGUGCUCCUCGUGGUGUCCAGCGUGAUGCUCUUUGCCAUGAUGACCAUGGUCGCCUUCGUGGUGGUGGUGGUGCUUCUUGUAACCCUUGUCACCCUUCUCGCCGUGCUCCUCGUGGUGAUCGGAGUGAUGUUUGUGGCCUCCGCCGGACUCGUGGUGAUGGCCAUGUUACAACCGGUCGACAAAGAACUACCGCUUCUCAAAUAUCUCCGAUUAUUCUGCGUUCGAUAUAAAAUACGGACAAUCGCGACAGCUUAUCAUACUAAAGACGGCAGUGAAAUCAACAACUUAGCUCUCGGUAUAGGAAAAACCCCCGUUACUAUGAAGUGCCUAGUGGUGGUGUGUCUGCUGGCCGUUUCUUUAGAGUACAGUCUAACGAGUGCUCGUCAGAUCGACCCGAGGAAUCGGCGCGAUCUCGAAGCGGCCGCGUCACAUCAUCACUUUGAGAAGGGCGGGGGUGAGGAGCACCACGCCGAUCACUACUCUAAGAAGGGAGAGAAGGGUGAUAAGGGCUACAAGUCGCAUCACGACCACGAGAAGGGAGAGAAGGGCCACCACGACAAGGAGGGACACCACGGUCACUACAGCGACCACGGUGGUCACAAGAAGCACCACCAUCACGACGACGGGUAUUACGCAGAGCAUCACAAAGGGGAGAAAGGUGAGAAGGGUCAUAAAUACGGAGAGAAGGGACACUACCACAAGGGUCACAGCACCAAGGGACACCAUGAAAUCCACAAGCUUGACGAGUACAAAAAAGAUAAAGAAUUUUAUGACGAACACCACGAUUCGGGGCACCACGAGAAGCAUGGUGGGCAUCAUCACGAGCACGGGCACAAGAAGGGUGGCCACCACAAGAAGGGCCACCAUCACAGCGGCCAUCACGAGGACCAUCACGGAAAGAAGGGACACCACGAGAAGGGAUCUCACUACCACGAUCACAAGGGACACAAAGAUGCUGGCGGUCACGACGAGCACCACCAUCAUCACCACGGGUACGGAAAGAAGGGAGGUCACGAGGACCACAAGAAAUGGGCCUUCAAAAAGGGUCAUUAGAGAGAAAAGCGUUUCUGCGGAACAACCCUUGACCCACGCUUCAUCGAUCAUCGAAAGCCUGUUACUUGUUAUGUUUGUUUACCCGAAUAUUUUUCUUUUCGAUGUAUUUAUUUGCCUUGGCAUGAAUAAAUCUUCCGAAACGGUACAUUAAUUUAA